AUGAUCCUUCGACCUCUCGUACGCUCCUCCUAUGCUUUGCCCUCGAUCGCCAGGUCUAUACCAGCUCCGAUAUCUCGGACAGCCUUGAGGCGCCCUCUUCUCGUAGCUUUCGGCCUGACAGCUUCCCUCCCUUUCAUCCAACCUUCCUCCAUCAUCCGCCUCGACUCGUCGCCCUCCUCUCCUUCCGCGGCAGAGUUCAGCAGCUCGCCAUACUCACAUUCACGCAACGCUAAGACACCGCUCACACGAGAUGGCAGGUCCAUCAAUCCCGCUGCCGUCAAGCAAAUCAGUCUGGGCUCCAUCUUAGGCUUGGGCCUGGGACUGGUCGUCUCCGCCUUCUCAACGAGCCUCACAUUGUUGAUUGGGUUGGGCAUCGUGGGAUGGCAACUGGCGGCGCGAAGAGGAUAUAACUUGAUCCCGGUGGAUCGACUCCAGAGAUAUUUCACGAACAUCAAUUUGCGAAGUGCCAUCAAUGACAACCUAGCGUUUAAGAUCAGCUUUGGCUUGAUGUUUGCACUCUCUGCGUUUGGCGAGUUUUGA